AUGGACGGCUUUGCAGAGGAGCAGGUGAUGGAGGAGGAAGAGUGCUGUGACUUUGAGCCUCUGCCCACACUCUUGGAGGACGAGGAGAAUGUGUCUCUUGCUGAUGUUUUGUCACUGCAGGACGGCUGUCUUACCGAGCAAGAUAUCUGGGCAAUUUGCCUGGAGUGCUGCCAGUCUGUGAAGAACAUUGCCCAUUCUGCAAUCUUCCAAACACUUUGCAUUACUCCUGACACUUUGGCUUUUAACACCAAUGGCAAUGUAUGCUUCAUGGAACAGAUCAGUGAUGAUCCAGAAGGAGCCUUUGUACCACCAGAGAUUGAUGUAACUGGUAACACUUUUGAGGCACAUAUUUUUUCUUUGGGAGCGACACUAAAAACAGUGAUUGAAUAUACAAUGGAGGUUGAAGUACAUUCAGAAUUUAGCCAAGAUCUACAAAUUCUUCUUGAACAAAUGCAAGAGGAAAAUCCUCAAGAGAGACCAGAUAUUGAGACUGUCAUAUCAUUGUGUAAAGAGAAAAUGAAGUAUUCUUCCUCAAGCGAUGCUUGUCAAUGCCUCUCUGCUAUUGGAAGAAGAGUGCUUUCAAUUGAAUCUUGUGACACCUUUCAAGACAGUUGUGAUAACUUACAGAAGGGGAAAGUUUAUGAAUGGAUUUCACCCUGUGAACAGUGCUCUAUUAAAAAUAACUGCAAGCAAGAAAAUUUUUCUCUGCAAGUGGAAGACCUGAAAACUGUUGGUAGUGGAAACUUUUCUUGCGUGUACACUGUGAAUGACAGAAAAGAUGAUAUAGGAGAAAUUCAAAUCAACACAGUGAGUGAAAGAUUCUACUGUCAACGUGUUUCAGCUCAGCUUACAAAAUACAGUGAGGGGGAAAACAUAAAACAUAACAACAAGUACGUGAAUUCUCUGGCCACAAAACUGCAACCAAGUGACUUGGAGAGAGAUGUACUCGCAAAGAACAGCAUGAGAAAAAUAAAAACAUUUCCAAAGCUAACAUCUGAAUUUGAAACAGACCCAAGUAUUUUCUUCCCUUCUGUAACACACAGUGGGCCGCUAAUGAAGAAACAUCCAUUAAAACCCAAGUUGUUCUCUGUAAUCACUAAUAAUGAGCAUACUGCUUUAGAGGGAAAAUUAAGUCUGUGUGAUACCAAUAAUCAGCUAGGACUAAAAGCAGAAUAUUUUGAGGAGUCGAAUAUUAAUGAAGAGGAAUCUUCUUUUCAUCAACUGUACAUGCCAGUCUGUGUUGGCAAAGACACAGACCUUUUUACAUACAGUCCUGCAGUUUCUCAAAGUUCAGAUAACAGCAGCAUGGUAAAUAGACCAGACAACUUGGCUAUAGGCCCCCAAGUGCUGGCAUGGGAAUACUGUGCUGAAACUUCUCCAUGGGCAAGUGAACUCAGUUUUCUACGUAUUAACAGACCAACUACAGCAUUAACAGCGACCAGUGUGAAUGGAUGUGGAUCAGGCAUCUUAAAUUAUCCAGAACACAAUUGCACUGAGAUGAAAGACUGCUAUAUUGAAGAUGAACGAGAUGGAGGCAGGGAGACAGAAAAGAAAAGCAAUGAGCAGUGGGUUUUUCUGAAACAUCUCUUAACACGGUAUGGUAAACCACUGAAAGACUAUGAGCUAUGGGCUUUAUGUUAUGAAUGUUUGCUUGCUCUGGAAGCUUAUACAGAUUAUCCAGCAUAUUUGUGUUUAGACUCCGUGUUGAUGAAUAGUGAUGGAAGUGUUCUGUUUGCUGCACGUGAAAGUGAAGGAUCGUAUGAUAUGUUUUACUUGGCUCCUGAGACAGCGGAAGAUGAUUUUGUUACUGAAAAGGUUUGUAUUUACUGUAUUGCUGCAAUUUUGUGGAGAACAGCAAAAUAUAAUUUUCCACCUGAUCACAAACUGGUGUUGCCAAGGAAACUGAAGAAUUUUCUUCUGAAUAUGGCAAGAAGAAAGUCGGAAGACAGGCUUUCCCUGGCAGAAGCAAUUAAGACAUGUGAUAGCUCUCUGCUGGAACAGGGUGUAAACAGCAAGAAAGUGCUGACAUUUUUGAACAAAGCAGCCUUUCAGGAUUUGAAAGAAGUAGAAGCUUCUUUUUGUGAUAACUUGCCUCUUGAGUUUCCAAAUGAGAGGAAGCCAAUGGAUAAUAAUGUAGGAUUUUUACCUAUUCACAAUGAAAGCAAGUUGAUAGCACUGAAAGGACCACUCCCUUGCCUGACUUCUUUAAACACUGUUAGCACCAUAUUGCCAACUGCUUUCACCUCUUCAGCAACACAUUUUAAGCCCAUUGUUCUGCAUCAGAAUGCAGGCAUGGAAAAAGAUGCCAUUCCAUCCACAUCCAUGCCAUGUAAAGCAAAUAUGGAGGGAGAAAUACACCCAGACAGCAAAAACUCAAUAACCGUAAAGGAUGAAAUUGAAGAACAGAUAGAUGAGAACUCUAAUUUAAUAACAGUAUACAUGUCAUCUGAUGUUCAAGAGCAUGAUGAAGACAAAUCAAAAACGUCACUUCAGACUGCUCCAGAAGACCAAUUUCCAAACAAAAUGGAUGCAUUCAUGGAUAAAUUGCCAUUAUUCUCUGACUUUCCAUGUAACUCUCAGGAGAAGUGUACUUCACAAACGUGUUCAUCAAAUACUUCAAACUGUGCCAUGCCAUCUGGUACAGCUUUUGUAAAUAACUUUCUUCUAAAGCAGGACCCAGAGACAAGAGUGCUAACUCUUGUACCAGUGCAAAUUGCUGUUUCAGAGCAAAUACCAAAUAGACCCCUCCAUUCAAAAGUGGCAUACAGUUGCUGUCCUAGUUUACAUGUUCUCCUUUCAGAUGCUAUAAGAAGCUAUAGAGUUGACAAAAGCCUACAGGAAAAUCCAUCUCUGAAUAAUGUGAGAAACUGCAGGUUCAGUAACAUGCAACGUGAAUGUGCAGAAAUGAAAAGCAGAAUUACUACUUUAUCCCCAGCUACAAACUACACUCAAACAAAAUGUUCUGAAAGGAGCCCAUUUCUUACACUUUGUCAGGAAUUCAGUAAUGAUGCAGACAGUAAUGUUUCUUUACUAGAUCGCACGUUGAAUGCAUCUGUGGACCAAAAGCCUACUUGUUUACUCAACCUAGAUGCUUUCCACCAGAACAAUGGGAUGAGUGAAGUUUUUGUGAAGAAAGUGGUGCAUUUAAUCCAAGAAGAGUUUGCACUUGGUAGUUAUUGGGAGAAUACAGAUGAAGCUCUGGCUAUGGGUAAAUAUAUAUCCACCUUAAAGGAUCUUAAAUAUAACACAUUCUGUAAUGCAGUCUCUGAGAAAUUUGGUGACCUUGACUGGGAAGAAAAACUACUUGCAAGCCUUUACGAAGCAGCAAACGGGAAAAUUCCACCUGAAAGGGUGAAUGAAGAUGAAUGUGACAAAAAAGAUGAGAGCCUGAAUAAGCCUACAAACCUACUGAAUGCCAGUGAUGGAACAAAUGCUAUAUUUUCUAGUGUGGAAGUAGAAGACCUUUCACAAGAUAACAUUGACUAUGAACUCAGACCACAAGUGGUUGGAACAGAAAUAGAAGAAAGUUUGCUGGCCAAUAAAUGUUGUCUCAGUCUGGAGUUUCCAGAAGAAAGCCAACUGCAAGAGGAGGUUCCAGUAAAGGCAGAGGAAAAUAAUUGUACCAAUUUUCCUUGCCCAUCUGGUCUGCUUGAUUGUCGUCUUGGUUGGAGCAGCGCAUUCUAUGGGUCUGAAUGUUUUAGUCUGGAAGUUCACAAAUACAUAAGAAAACUUGGAAAGCAAAAAGCAAGUGGAAUUCAAAAGACACAUGCCAAAAGAAUGGAGCUUGAACAGCUGAUGAUGAUUGAAAUGAGAAAUUAUAGGAAGAGUGUAAAAUUCUACCAGAGACUGUUGCAUAAAGAGAGAAGAAGCAAAGGUUGUGAAGCAAAAACUGUGCUGCCCAAACUGAGGGGACAGCUAGAAGAAAUGAAAGCAAAGGUACAAUUUCUUGAACUGGUGAAGAAGUAUUUACAGAUAAUGUUUAUAGAGAAAUGGGGAGCUGAACCCUGUGACCUUUGUACAGUUGUUAACAUGGCAAGAAGUGAAACCCUGGGCAUAAGCUCCUUGGACAGCUUACUGCUUUUCUAUAAUGUAAAUAAAACCCAGUUCAAUGACCAUCAAACUCAGCCAAGGAAUCUGCAAGCUGGAACACCCCUUGGUUUAAUGGCAUAUCUUUACUCCAGAAAUGCAUUUUUAGAAGGCUAUGUGCAGCAAUUCCUGUUCACAUUUCGUUAUUUCUGUGCACAAGAAGAAUUUCUGCAAUUUCUUCUUGAUAGAAUCAGGCUCACCUCACCCAGUUCAAACCUGGAAUCUUCACUUCUCAGCAAAAUAUACCACCGCAGUUUCUCUAUCUUGCAGGCUUGGAUUGAAGAUUGUUAUGGUGUAGACUUUGCAAUAAACCCUGACUUGAUGGGUAUACUAAAAACCUUUAUCAAUUCAAAGGUGGUUCCACGCAACGGCUAUGGAACAUGGUUGCUGUCAUUGCUACAAGACAUUGCUAGCAGAAAAUGGAAUAAUGUUUCUCAGUGCCACAGGUUGGAAGUAUGGGAGGAAAAAGAGGAUACAAAGUCUUUACCUUCCUUGUGCAAAAAGGUCUCGAAAGACAGUUCACAAAAGACUUUUAACUGGAAACUCUCUCAAGGAAAUGAGACUGUUGCACCUUCUCAGGGGACCAGGCAACAUAGCAUUGUUUCCGGUUUACCAAAGCCAUGCUAUGCAAAUUUAACUGAAAGAUUCUCAGGCUUCUAUACUAGAACUGACAGAGACUUGCAUUUCUUAGCAAAAUAUACUGCACAACAACUUUGCUGCCAGCUAACUCUGUUAGAACAGGAAAAAUUCCAUAAAUGCCAUCCAGUGCAUUUUCUAAAUUCAAGACUGCUUGGAGUCAAAGACAAAAAUAUACCUCAACAAAAACCUGUGACCUCUGAGACGUUGCCUACUCAGGCCUAUAACCUUUUUGCGAAAAAUUGUGCCCAGGAUGAUUACCUUUUGAAGCUCUUAAAGUAUGCAGACAAUGUCAGUACUUGGGUUGCUGCUGAAAUUGUAACCAGUUACAAUUCUAAGGUGCAGGUGAGCUUGCUAUCAAAAUUUCUCUUUAUUGCAAAAUGUUGCUAUGAGCAAAGAAAUGUUGCCACGGCAAUACAAAUCCUAAGAGGCCUGGAAAAUCUCAUUGUGCGGCAAUUGCCAGCUUGGAAAUGUUUACCAUCUAAAGUAUCGGAAAUAAUGGAAGAACUCAAGGCAGUUGAGGUAUUUUUAAAGAGUGACAGCCUGUGUUUAAUGGAGGGAGAAAGUUUUAAGACAUCACCAACAAUUCCAUCAGCCCAUGUUCUGGCCAUGCAUGUCCAGCAACUUGAAACUGGAGGAUUUACUAUGAGAAAUGGCUCUUACAAGUGGACUAAACUUAGAAAUAUUUCAAAAGUUGUGAGCCAGGUUCAUGCGUUUCAAGUAAAUCCCUACACUUUCCCCCCAGACCACCAACUGCAGGCUUGCUUAAGACAAAGAAUAGCUUCCUUUAACGAUGUCGACAUUUCUGUCUUAGCAGCUGACAACUAUGCCAACUUUCACCAAACACCACCUGAAAAGCAGUCCCGGAAAAUUAGGGACACAUUAUACAGGAUGAAGGCAAUGUUUCAGUAGUUUCUUAUGUUCAUUUUUUCUUAACCUUUUUGAGUAAAAGAGUUUCAGUUC